AGUCUGAUUUGUUUUUCUAGGUGCCGGCAAAACCCCAACCCUGGGCGGCGGCUUCCAUGUGAACCUGGGAAAGGAGUCAAGAGCACAGACCCUGCAGAAUGGGAGGCGUCAGAUCCACCACCUGGGGAGCCAGCUGCAGCUGAACCAGCACUGCCUGGACACAGCCUUCAACUUCUUCAAGAUGGCCGUGAGCAAGCACCUGACCCGCGGCCGCAAGAUGGCCCACGUGAUCGCGGCCUGCCUCUACCUGGUGUGCCGCACGGAGGGCACACCGCACAUGCUCCUCGACCUCAGUGACCUGCUCCAGGUGAACGUGUAUGUGCUGGGGAAGACGUUCCUUCUUCUGGCAAGGGAGCUGUGCAUCAACGCGCCGGCCAUCGACCCGUGCCUGUACAUCCCACGCUUUGCCCACCUGCUGGAGUUUGGGGAGAAGAACCACGAGGUGUCCAUGACGGCCCUGAGGCUCUUGCAGAGGAUGAAGAGGGACUGGAUGCACACUGGCCGGCGCCCCUCAGGCCUCUGCGGAGCAGCACUUCUGGUUGCAGCCAGGAUGCACGAUUUCCGGAGAACCGUCAAAGAGGUCAUCAGCGUGGUCAAGGUGUGCGAGUCCACACUGCGCAAGAGGCUGACAGAGUUUGAAGACACGCCCACAAGCCAGCUGACCGUGGAUGAGUUCAUGAAGAUCGACCUGGAGGGGGAGUGUGACCCCCCUUCGUACACGGCAGGGCAGCGGAAGCUGCGCAUGAAGCAGCUUGAGCAAGUCCUCUCCAAGAAACUGGAGGACGUUGAAGGUGAGAUAUCCAGCUAUCAGGAUGCCAUCGAGAACGAGUUGGAGAACAGCCGGCCGAAGGCGAAGGGGGCCCUUGCCAACCUGACCAGGGAUGGCUCCGUCGAGGACUCCACGUCCAGCUUAUUUGGUGAGGAGGACCCCGAGGAUGAGGAGCUGGAGGCUGUCGCCAGCCACCUGAACAAGGAUUUCUACCAAGAGCUGCUUGGUGGCAGCAUUUCCAGCAGCUCCGAGGUGGCAGGAGACCCCGAGGGGGGCAGGGGGCCCCCGGCCCUGGAGUCCCUGCUCGGCCCCCUGCCCACGGCAGCCAGCCUGGGCAUCUCGGACUCCAUCCGAGAGUGCAUCUCCUCCCAGAGCCAGGACCCCACGGACGGGUGUGGGGAUGGCGAGCUGGACCUCAGUGGCAUCGACGACUUGGAGAUUGACAGGUACAUCCUGAACGAGGCGGAAGCCCGCGUGAAGGCCGAGCUGUGGAUGCGGGAGAACGCCGAGUACCUGCGGGAGCAGAGGGAGAAAGAAGCAAGAAUUGCGAAGGAGAAGGAGCUUGGCAUCUACAAGGAGCACAAGCCCAAGAAGUCUUGUAAGCGACGGGAGCCAAUCCAGGCCAGCACGGCCGGGGAGGCCAUUGAAAAGAUGUUGGAGCAGAAGAAAAUCUCCAGCAAGAUCAACUACAGCGUGCUCCGGGACCUCAACAGCAAGGGUGGGGGCAGCCUGCAGGGGGAGGACGCGCAGCCCGAGGAGCGGGCCAGUGCCCGGAAGCUGUCUCGGAGGAAGAUGCCUGCCGGCAGGAACGGAACUGACUCCAUGAGCAGCGUGGGGAAAAGGCUGAGGCCCAUGGUGUCUGCACAGCCAGCCAAGAAGGCAGCCGUAGGAGAGACCUCGCUCCUGAGCUUGCCCACCCUGGGAGCCGCGCCCGACAGGCCCGCAGCGGUGGUGGAAAGCGGGCCGGUGUCCUACCACCCCGAGGAGGACCCCGACGAGGAGGACCCCGACGAGGAGGACGGGGAGCCCUGUGUCAGCGCCCUGCAGAUGAUGGGCAGCAAUGAUUACGGCUGUGAUGGCGAGGAGGAUGAGGGUUACUGAGCCCGCCCUGCAGCCAGCAGCGUCCGGCGGGGCUCAGACGGGGCCUCCACGGGCCCGCCUGCCCUGCAGCCCUCGCCACGGCCGCUCGGCACUCGCCGCCGGGACCACAUCUGGAGCACCGUAAGGAGCGUCUGCCCGCGAGGGGACUGGACCUGUGUGUGCAUCCCGGGAGAUGUGGGUCUUGCAGCCCGGAAACCCUCGCCGGCGGCACCGCCCUGUCCUGCGGGAGGACACCGAGCACGAGGAGGCCCGCUCUUGGAAGUGAGUGCCGGACUGGGGGCGCUGCAGCUCCCCACUGGCUGCCCCAGUGGAGUCUCGGCCCCCACCCAGCCCCUCCCGCGCUGCGUCUUCAGCCGGACCCGGACUGUCUCGUGCCUGGCUGCAGCCCAGCUGCCGGCAACCUGAGUCAGCCGCACUCUCAGCAGACGUGGGAUGGUUGGCUCCACGCCCCCGGGUGCACAGCUGCCCUGGGGGUGCCCUGCGCAGCCCGUGCGGCUGGCCUGGGUGUUGGGCUGGCCCUGCACCGAGCCGGAGUCAGGCAGAGCGGGGUCUUGUUUGAGCUGGGGUCUGGCUCAGGGUCCGCAGAGGGAUGGUGGGCAGAGAGGGCCCUCGAGCCUGGCCGCACUGCUCUGGAGGGUUCCCGCUACCCUCCACCGCCCCUGGGGGCCCAGGGACCACUUUCAGGGUCUCGGCGUGGGCAUCGCUGCUCUGGACACGGCCAGGGAGGCAGGACAGAUGCUUGUGCCCCUCGAGGCCCCAGCCUUGGCCACCCUACCCCUACAGUGGCAGAGCCAGGCCAUGUCCAGGUUGUGGCAGUCUGCAGGUAGGGAAUUCUGAGGUCCUUGGCUACACGUGUCCGGACCUUGCAGCUCACCGGGCCCCUAGAAGGCUGGACAGGACCAUGAGUUCAGUGAAACAAAAGCCACUACUUGAGCA